AUGGCCAGUAAAAGGAGCCGCGCCGCCUUCGAGGCAGACUUGCAGGCCCGCCAGUCUCCUUACGCGUUAUACGGAACCCCAUUGCCCCCAUUGGACGAUAGCGUGCGAGACGACGGAUCAUAUGCGCCCAUCUGGAAGCAGGAGGUAACCGAUGACCGGGGAAGGAAACGCCUACAUGGUGCCUUCACCGGUGGAUUCAGUGCCGGGUACUUCAACACCGUCGGGUCGAAGGAAGGAUGGACUCCAGCAACCUUUGUGUCUUCGCGCCAGAACCGCGCCAAGGAUGUUCGACAGCAGCGACCAGAAGAUUUCAUGGAUGAGGAGGAUGUUCGGGAAGCGGAAGAGUCCAAGAGACUGCAAACCGCCGAUGAGUACUCCGGCUUUGGUUCUACAGAUGCCGAAAUGGCGCGCCGCGGAGGGUUGAUGGACCUCCUGAAAACGAGCGGAGAAACUAUGGGGGUGAAACUUCUGAAGAGGAUGGGAUGGCGAGAAGGCCAGGGAAUUGGGCCCAAGGUGCGGCGUAGAGCUGACCUCGGGGACCGUAUGUUGCAACGUGAUGGAGGAGCCGAACAAACAUACCUCUUCGCGCCCGAAAACCCGCCAAUGGUUGCUUUCAUCCAUAAGACCGAUCAUAAGGGCCUUGGAUUUGAAGGAGAGGCCCGCCUAGACGCUCGGCAAACCAAAGCGAACGAGUCCGACGAUGAGGAUAACGAUUCGUUCUUCGGAAAGCGGCUAAUGGCUCCGGGGAAGUCGAAGCAGUCCAAGGCGAAAGAACCACGACGCGGGGCGUUUGGCGUCGGUGUGCUGAAUGAUACUGGCUCGGAUGAUGAGGAUCCCUAUUCCUUAGGCCCACAGAUAUCUUAUAACCGAGUGAUCGGAGGGGACAAGAAGAAGAAAAAGAAAGCAAAACCUGCCGAGGAUGCGCGACUACUCUCCAGUUCGUCCAACCCGCUUAUUGGCAGCAAACCCGUAUACAUACCGAAAAGGGUCAUUGCCGCCAAGGGCGCCGCCGGUUUUCGAAAGUGUUCUGAUGGCCGUUUGCCUUUGGAAGGAUUCUUGCUUGCGGAUGGCAUUUCAAGCCUCUCAAUAUCCUCGCAAGAGAAGAAGUAUGCGCCACCGGAAAUUCCCAAGGAUUGGAAAUCCAGCAAAGCACCGACACAGGAAAGGGAUGUCUCAAACUACGUUUCUACGGCGGAGGCAGCUAAAGCUUCGUCAAUGGAUCCUACCGCAAGAGCCGCGCUUUUGGGAGAAGCACAACUUCCCGGAAAGUCCAUAUUCGAUUGGAUGACUCCAGAGGCUCGGGAAAGGAUCGUGAAGCUUACGGGCAAGACCGAUCUGCCGCCGGCUCUUGGUGAAAAGGCCCCUAAAGGCUACGAGCUCUCAGAGGCGGAGAAGCGCAAGGAUUUGUGGGAUCUCGUACCCAAACUGGACAAGCAGGUAGCCGUCCAGGCACUCACACGAGCAGCCAGUGGUUGGAUGCCGUAUGCAGAAGAUCUAAGCAAACGGGACCGCUAUCGAACAUUUCUCCAAGUACGAGCUGGACUCCGUGACAGCCUUCCGGACCGGGUCCCCGGAUCAACUACAGAUGAAUGGGCAGCGGAACUACACGAAUUUGCGCGAGCGGCGGAGGUCUUUAAGCCCAUGUCUGGACUUAUGGCAUCGCGAUUCACCUCUGCCAGUUCUGGACCCAAAGAGUCGUCCGACAAAUCUGACGGGUCUCCUUCGGCGGAGCCUCUGCUUAGCAAGCCCGCAGCCAAACCAGAGGACCCUGCAGUGGAGGCAGCGAAAAUUGGCAUGUUUGGCCCAAUGACUCGAAGUAGCAUCUCUUUCUACCCGACGCGUCUCUUGUGCAAGCGAUUCAAUGUUCGGCCCCCCGAGCAUGUCCAAAUGGAUCCUGGUGCGCCAUCGGGACGCGCUGAAGCCCCCGUCUCCGGGAACCGGUUCCAAUCGGCAGGUUACCAGACCGCUUCCGGGCCGAAAGAGUUAGUUUCGCGGGAUGUUAUGAACCAACUCAUGCUUGAGGCUGGCGGUGGAUCUCUGGCAGCUGCAGACGCGGCCUCGCCGACGUCAUCAGGGCCAGCGGGAAGUCGGGCACCGGUGGUGGUCGAGCCAGAGCGAAACGAAGCAUUAGAAGCGGAGCGGCCGGGCGAGGCGGUGUUCAAGGCGAUCUUUGGCAGUGAUGAUGAAGAUGAGGAUGAGGAAAUGAGCUGA